AUGACAAAUGUAUUCUCUCUAACUACUGCUUAUUUACAAAGCUCCCCUGAUGUAGAUCAAUGGCUGCUUUUCUUAUCAAGAAAAGAUGUCAAAGAAUUGCUUCUUGAGUUAGGUGAAGGAGAGUGGUUUAGAGCACCUUCAUGUCUUUUUUCAUGUAAAAAAUUGAUUCGAUUGGAGCUUGUUAGAUGUGAGUUAGAUCCUCCAUUAUCUUUUAAAGGGUUCCCAUAUCUUAAACACCUUAAUCUUCAACAAGUUCUUAUUGCUCCUGAAGCUGUUGAGAAUUUUAUCUCGGGUUGCACUCUUCUUGAAAGUUUGACUUUAUCGUAUUUUGAUAGUUUAGAACUCACAAUUCGGGCUCCAAAUCUAAAGUUUUUAAUCUUGGAAGGCGAGUUUAAAGAUAUAUGUCUUGAAAAUACUCCAAAAUUGGUUGCUAUAUCUGUUGCUAUGUACAUGACUGAUGAUAUUGCUGAACAUUUUGGUCAAAGUUCAAGUUGUAAUUUUGAUAAGUUUCUUGGUGGUGUUCCUUCUCUUCAAAGACUCAUUGGACAUAUUUACUUUACAAAGUAUAUGAGUAUAGGCAACACCUUUGGGAAAACAGAGAUGACAUACAAACAGCUAAAGGUUAUUGAAUUGUAUCAAGUGAGCUUUGAGGAUAUGAAAGAAAUAAUGGUGGUUCUUCGAUUGAUUCUAAAUGCUCCUAAUCUUCAAGAACUUCAAAUUUCUGGUUCAUCGAAUUCAUCAUCUGCAACAGAAGCUAGGAAUUUGGAUUUCUGGGAGAAUGAAUGUCCUUUUGAGUGCAGAUUUGAAAGGCUUAAGAUGGUGAAGAUGACAGAUAUGUCUGGUGUUCCACAUGAAAUGGGAUUCAUAGAGCUUUUACUUGGGAGUUCACCUGUUCUUGAGACUAUGAGCAUCACUCCAAGUGUUUAUAUGACUGAAGGAAGAACAAGAUUUUUGAUCGAGUUACUCAGGUUUAGAAGAGCAUCAGCAGGAGCUGAAAUCAUAUUUCUUCAAGAUCAAGUGUAAAUCUUUACAACAUUUAUUAUCUCAUGAUUGUAACUUAUUACAUACAUACUGAUAUGCAAAUCAAAGACUUGUAUGGAUUUAUGAACUUUGUGUUGAUGGCAUUAAGGUUAUGGAGCUGAAAUCAUAUUUCUUCAACAC